AUGAAGCAAUUUGGUUUGAAGCGCCAAACUGUAGAAGGGUCCAGUUCAAUUGUCAAUUCAAAAUACAAUCACGAGCCAAAUUAUGAGCCUGUAAAUAAGUUUCGUAAGACUGUUGCUCAUUGCAUUGAUGAUGAUUCUUUGUUAGAUAUUGGUGGAAUAGAUAUAAAUUACUCUUCUCAGAACCAUACAGUAGAAAAUCAACAAUGUAAUUGUAGUGCAGAGGGUCUGGAAAAUCUCUGUUCAGGUUCUCAUGAUUCAUCUCCGACGAAUGAAAAUAAUCCAUCCAAUGCACAAUCAGAACAAGACGACCUGUUACAGUUUUUCAGAGAAUAUUGGAGUGAUGGAGAUGAUGGCAUACUAGAUGAAGAAGUUCUCUCUUCCCAUUCAUUUUCAAGCGUUGUGAAUGAUAAUGUCAAUGUAAAUGUUGAUACGUUGAUGAAAAAAAUUCUCAAGUUUGCAGUAACAAGUUCUCUCUCUGAAAAUUGUCUCAAAAUGGUUUUAAAUCUAAUUCGAGAAGCCAUUCAACUCAUUCAUGAGAGUGAUAAACAAGAACUUUCAGAUAAGCUGACAUUAACAGGGUUCUAUAAGUAUUUCCUUUUGUCUUCAAAGACAAAGAAAAUUCCAAUGUGCACUCAUUGUCAGACGUAUCAAAAAAAUCCAGACCAAAAAUCCUGUCCUAAAUGUGGGAAAUUAUGGAAAGAUAUCAAAACUCAUUGCUUUUUACGCCCAUUAAAAUUCCAAUUCGAGGAAAGGAUAUUCAGAGAGCCACAAUUUUUGGAUCAAUUUAAACUUGAUAAUCGUGAUCCCCAACUUAUCCAAGAUCGUUGUGACGGAUACAUCUACAAAAACAUUCACAAAAAAUUCGUAGAUGAAGGAGGAAAAACUAUGACGUUAUUUGGUGACGGUGUUGCUCCGUUUAAAUCUAGUCAGCAAAGCUUUUACGAAUUCUCUGUCACAUUCAAUGAGAUGAAACCAAAUGUAAGAAAGAAGCGCAAGAAUAACUUUUUGUGGCUACUAUUUCCUAACAAACCAUCUCAAGAAGAAAUCAAUUUGUGUUUGAAAAUCAUGAUGGAUGAUUUGAAUGUGUUCAAUGAUCAAUUUAAACAAAUAUCAUUGAGAUUAGAAAGAGUAAUUGCUGACUUACCUGCAAGGUCUGAAAUUCUCUUAUUUCAAAAAUCAGGGUAUUAUUUUUGCCAUUUAUGCGAGAUUCGAGGGGAACCUGUUCAGUUACCAGGAGGAACUACUCAAGUUAGAUAUCCACUUAGGAGAGACAUUUCUAGUAAUCAACGAAUUGUUUUUGGUUUGAGAGAUCGACAUUUUUGGAAUAAUAUUUCGGGAAAAGAGUUGUCAUGGGGUGUUCGUGGAUAUUCUCCAAUAUUAGACCAGAGUUGGAAACCAACUCCCACUACAAUAUGCUCCUAUGAUUCAAUGCAUAACUUGUAUGAAGGAAUUAUGCGUGACAUGAUGGAGAUGAUUCCAUUUCAAUAUUGGGACGAGUUCGACAAGGAAUAUCUCAAGCAAAAAUUUCCUUCGUUCUUACAUAGACACCCGAGAUCAGUUUCCAAAAAUUUAGUACACCUUAAGGCAAUGGAGAUAUAUAUGAUUAUUCACUAUUAUCUAGAUCUACUUCAGGAUGUUAAGAAUUUCAGUAUGAUUGAGUUGAAGUAUAAAAUUAUUAAGAGAAUGGUUGUUGUAAUUGACAAGUUAACAGAUGCCAUUAAUAUAGCUGAUUUGAAUUCAAUUAAUGAGGAACUAAGAGGUAUUUUGGAGGAUUAUCAAGAGAUGGUAGGUAUUGCAAAGGCUACAAUGAACUUCCAUGUAGCUAGUGAUAUGGUGCGAAAUGCAAGCCUAUAUGGUCCAUUGGCACAUAAUACAGCCUUUGUUGGGGAAAAUCUAAACUUCACAUUGACCAAGCCGUUCAUUUCAUCAAAUUCUGCAAGGUAUUCUAUUAUGUUUUUUGAUAUGGCGCAGUUAUGCGAUAUAUUUGGUUUAAGUGAACUCAAACCUUCGGAAUGUGUGUGUGGUCAUUUCGUAUUGAAGAAAGAGAGAGAUGUUGUGGCUGAUACUUCUUGUACUCCUGCAAAAUACUUCAAAAUCAAAUCAUUCACGGAUUCCACAGUGACUUUGCAGAAUUUGUCAGACAGGUCUGUGAUUGAAGUGUCCAACAAAGAGCCUCUGGUUCCUUGUGUUACUGUUACUAGAAAGGGGAAGAGUUAUUUCAUUCCGAUGCACAAGAACGUAAAUCAAUAUAUUUAA